AUGAUCCCCCAGACACAGAAACAAUGGGUACUUCGCGGCAGCAACGGUUUCGGCUCCCUCGAGUUCCAGCCGGACGCUCCUGUUCCGUCUAUCGGCGACCGAGAGGUCUUGGUGCGCUUCCAUGCUGCGUCGCUCAACUUCCGUGACCUGAUAAUUGCCAAGGGACAGUACCCCUUUCCAGUCAAGCAUGGCAGAGUACCAGUGGCCGAUGGAGCCGGCGUCGUUGCUGCCGUUGGAUCUCAAGUGAGCCGCUUCCAAGUCGGUGAUCGAGUGGCGGGAUUGUUUCACCAGGAUCACCUCGCGGGGCCUUUUCACUCUAGCUAUCUCCAUAGCUCUCUGGGCGGUUCUCUCGAUGGUACGCUUCGAGAGUAUGGCGCGUUCCCGGAGCAAGGCCUUGUCUGCGCCCCAAAAAAUUUGAGUUUGGCGGAGGCAGCGUCACUGCCCUGCGCUGCACUGACCGCCUGGUCUGCUCUCUACCCCGAUGAAGGCCGGGCGCUAAGACCUGGAGACACGGUUCUUACCGAGGGUACAGGCGGGGUCAGCACCUUUGCUAUCAUGUUUGCCAAAGCCGCGGGGGCCAAAGUCAUUGCGACGACGUCGUCAGAUGAGAAGGCUCAAUUUCUCAAGGAGCUUGGCGCGGACCACGUGCUGAACUACAGAGAGAACCCAAACUGGGGCGCGCUCGCGAAGGACUUGACGCCCGGUAAAGACGGAGUCGACCUCGUAGUCGAGGUUGGCGGGCCAGCAUCGGCCAGACAGGCCCUCACUGCCUUGAAGACCAUGGGUGUGAUUUCGAUGGUAGGCUCAGUUGGCUCGUUUGCCUCAGGGGAGGAAAUGAGCCAGGCACCGACAUUUCUUGAGACAGUCCUCGGCCUCUGCACUGUGCGCGGGGUCACAGUGGGGUCAAGACGCCAGUUUGAGGAAAUGAACCGUGCUAUCGAGGCAAAUGAUAUCCAUCCUGUCUUGGACAAGAGAAUCUUUAAACUGGAACAUGCUCGAGAGGCCUACGAGCAUUUAUGGGAUCAGAAGCAUAUUGGAAAGGUCAUCGUACAGAUUGUCGAUGAGUAG